CUUAGUAUACGCGUGCGGUACAGAGGAACAGUUGAUGUUCGCGCGUCGAGGAAGACGCAACCGUUCGCUGUAGCAAUUGGUGACUUUUGUGAACGACAAUUUAUCGAGUGCUUUGAGGAUAUAAACUUUUCGUGACACACGCGUUGAUUGGAAUCAAAAGAAAAGCGAAUUGGAUGAUAAAGUAGAAACAAGCACACAGAACGCAACAUGAGUAUUUCGUUGAGGUUUCAGUUGCUGACAUGCCUGAUCGUGUACGUAUCGAGCGUACACGGGAUCAAGGUCAAGUUCGGCACCAGAGACGGGCCCAUCGCACCGCUGAUACCGGAUCCGCUGCCGCCGCCGCAGCCGCACCGAGUGCCCGCGCCGGUCUGGGAGGAAAGAGCCGAUGACUCGCCAGACCCUAACGCCCACUGGAGACCUCAACUCUUCGUUCCUCAACCGAAAUAUACGCAAAUAAUCUUCAAUAUACCAACAACCACGCAACAACCGCUCAACAGUGCGCAACGAUUCGUCAACUCAUACAAACCGACUUAUCAACCGAUCAACCGACAACCAGUUGAACAGUACUUCAAUCCUACCCAAGUCCUCGGUUCUCAAAGAUUACCAGGCAUUGGUAUACGAUACUUUGUACCUGCGUACAUCAACGACCUGCAGGCAAGGAAAGGAGAGAAGAGACAAGAAGAUGCAAAACACAAUGACAUUGAAACGAAUGAUAUCAGCGUACAGAAUACAGACUCGAGCAAUGACCUUCUUUGGCAAUAUGAGAAGGAAUCUACGAAAAGGGCUCUUAGAAACACAUUAGAAGGUUCAGCCAGACCGUUUUAUACGUGGCCGGAGUACGUGCAACCUAGGCAUUAGUAUUAGUAAUAUUAGAUUUUACCAUUCAAACACCAUGGUCUAUAGAUACGGUAACAUUAUAAAAGUAAGAAUUGAAGACUUUCCAAUAUGUUCGAUAUUUUUAUAAAUUAUAAAUUCUAAUUUUAUUUAAGUUCGCAUCUAUAAUAUAAUAAAUUAUUUCACUAACGAAUAACUAUUUGUAUUAUACGAAAUGUAAUUGAUUUUCCUGAACAUAUUUAUUACAUUUCAAAACAUAUACAAGUAUUUUUUCUUAUCUAAUAUUUAUGUACAUAUGAAUGAAAAUUUACUUGUAAGAGUUGCUAAAUAUUUAAUAUUCCAUACUGUCUUAUAAAGUUAUUCUUACAGUAACAUUUACCAAAAAUGGAUAUCAAGGGCUUCUUACAUAUGCAUAAUAACAACACUAUCCUUUUGUUACUUAAAUGUACCUAUUUCUUAACAUUGUCGCUUACGUAAAAAUAUUGCGCUGAUUUCCACAGGACGACGAAAAUACAGUCGGCAUUAGUAUUUCAAAAAAAGAAAUGAACAUGAAACAUUAUUUAUGAGUAAUCGUCAUAUAGGUUAUGUUUUUAAUAAAUUCUGUUAUAUUUUAUGAAGUAUAGUAUCGAAUAUAUUACAUUAAGCAAUCUGAUAACUACUUGCUUGAAAAAAUUAAUAGCUUCAUUACAUUAUGCACAAUGCUAAUUUAUUAUUAUGUUCGACCGAUUUCCUUAUAUUAUUUUUGAAUUAUAUCAAUGUAAAACUAAAAUGAUGGUCAGUAAACAUCCUUGAUAACAAUUAACUGUUAAAAUUCAAAAACUGUGGUGUUUUAGAUAGCUGUAGCGUAAGUUAAAAGUGCCAGAUGUUGUAAGAUAUUUAUACCAUAUAUUUUAUAUACUUAUUUUUAUGAAAUUUCCAUUGUCGAAUUUAUUAAAUUAUUUAUUUUGUAUAAUUUUAUAUGCAAAUUUAUUUUUAUUAUAUUAAAAACCUGUUUUCACGCCCUCCUUCUUACGUUACCGAAUAAAAAAAACCAAAACUCAAAGUACAUAUUUCGUAAAAAACUGCAUAGUAAAAUUUCUAUGGACUAUUGUAGGUAGAUACUAUAAAUUACUAUCCAUAUAAUUCAGAAUUAAGACGAUUAGACAUGUUUCUUGGUUUCGAAAAAAUUGCAAAAAUAUUGUCGAAAUAAAAAAGACCUUCAAAUGCCCGCGACUGCGUUAGCGUAAAGUUACAUUGUUAACCUUUCAUUUCGCACCGGAACACUACUUAUUUAGUAUAAUCACCAUAAAUCUAGUUUUAUUCAAUUUGGACUAUUUUAAAAAAAAGUAUUUCACGAUGAAAUACUUUUUUUUUAAAUAGUCCAAAAACCAUCCAAUUCCAAAUUUUGGGUGGAUUAAAAGGAUGAUAUUAUUUAAUCGGCAAUAUUGUAUUAUUUAUUUUGCUUCUUCUAUUAGUAUAUAAAAUUUUUAUCGAUAUUUUAUAGUCAUGUCGAAUUUUUUAUCAUAGUAUAAAUAAUAAAAAUUAAUAAAUUAUGUCUAAAAUCAUUAUAGAUAGACCUUUUUCAUACACCUAUGGGUACGGUACACACAUCAAACAUUUAUAGGUGAGUCCCUAAAGUAUUGAUACUAUAAAUUUUCUGGACAAUAAGGCCUAAUCUUACACCCAAUUAAGCACCGACCCUUCAAUAACUAUUAUAAUGUACUUAUAUGUGUAUAGGUCAAAAUCAUGAUAAAUUACUAUAGUAAAUCAAUAGUAGUCUAUGGAAAAUACCUACAGUAGUCUAUGGAAAAUUUUCAUGUGCAAUCCAUCACUGGCGAAUUUCAGUUCUUAAAUGAUUAUAUGACACAAUGUUUUGCGAGGAUUAGCUAAUUCAACACAACAAACAAUGUAUUAUUUUACGGUUAUAUAAACUUUAUUGUUCCUUUAUGUUUGUUCAUUACACGGCUAAUCAUUUUGUCGUUUACCGAAAAGUAGCGAGAUAGAGAAAACGUCAUCAAGAAAAUACCUUUCGCAACACGAGUAUAAAGUUACGUAUACAUGGACUAAAAAUAUGUGAGACAAAGUUUAGUUUAAAAUCAUUUUAAUCAACAAAAAAUAUCGUUUUUAAAACGUUUGACCUGAUGAAAUAAUAGUAUUUGUUGUAUUUAUAAUAUAAUUUAUGCAUAUAACAAUUUUAUUAUAAUAAGUUUUUGUCUUAAUUUCUGAUCUAUUUCUUUCAAAUCUAUAACAUUGUUUGUUUUUAAUGUUUUUUUUUUUUUUAAAUUUCAUGUCUAAUUUCAUUCAAUAAACAGCCUCAGCGAUUGAUUAAGAAUUGAUUGAUUUGAGUGAUCUUAAGUACAAACCAAUAAAGUCAUUAGCCAUUCUGGUUAUUUGCUGGUAAUAUAAAACUCGAAUUAUGUUUUGUUACACGCCAACUACAAGUUUGUUUUUCAAAGUUAAAAUAUAAAUUGUUUGUUUUUUAUACGUAUACAUUUUGUCUAAGGGUUAUAUAAACAGUAUAAACACACCUCUAUGUUUAAUAUUAUGAUGUCAGUACACAUUACUUUGUACUCGGGUAGCGUAAAUAAUUGUACAUCGUACUUUUACUAUGUAAGACUCUAUUAACUAAAAAAACUCAUUUUCAAAGUUAUUGCAAUUGUUAUUUUUUUUUUAAAUACUUAUUUUGCAUUAUUUGAAUCGAAUUUUCUUUUAUGUUAUAUACCUAUAGUGUUAUUUUCUAAUUUUUAAGAUUAACAGUAUGUAUAUAGAGAAACUGACAAAUAAAUCCUAUGCUUGUAAAUAUGUAAAAUAAAGAAAUUUAAUAUAA